GGUGAUGGUGGAGGAAGUGCGUUCUGCUUUCAUCGACGAAAUCAUAGAAAUUGAGCGUCUCGAGAACUGGACAAAGCACAUCCUCACCCUCAAGGCCCAAAGUAUUGGGGUACACACAUUCUUCACGGCGGAGUCCUCAAUCAACGUGUUCGUUAAUGAUGCGGCCAGAGAGAUGCAACAACAGAUAGCUUGGAAGAACAAUCCCUUCGAGUACUUCCUCGCUGUCAGCGCUUUCGUGGCGAAAGAUUGGGCGAAUCCCAUGCGCCACCCGCUGAUAGAGCAAAGGAGAGGACUUUCGCUUUUUGAUUCGGACUGCGAGUUCAACCCCCAACGGAACGUUGUAGUGGUUCCACUAGCCAUGUUCAACUUUUCCAUGCCGACAUCAAUGUGGGAAAGGAUGUUCCACAUACCCAGAAUAGGCACUCGGCUUUCCGCCUGUCUCUUCAGGGCGACCUUUUCAUUUAACCAUCCCACCGAUGUAGUCCCGAUGGAGCAUGCCUCGAUGAACCUCAAUCAUACCCUGAAUUGCCUGACCCCGCACUACCAGAAUAAAAGCGAGGCGACAUCGGACUUUGAAAAAGUGGAAGAUUUCACUGCAGUCAACGCGGCGUAUGAGACCUUUCAGGAGCGGUUGUUCAGCAAGCAGUACUUGAAUGUCGACUACAUGCUCCAAGGACUCGGCAAUGUGACAGCAGAUCAGCUGUUUUUCGUGUACUACGCAUUGAGCCGCUGCAAACGUCCUGGUAUGAAUGGAAGUGCGAUGAUGACGGUCCAACAAGAUAGCGUGAACGUGCCACUCAUGAACUUCCCGGAGUUCGCGGGCGCCUUCAAGUGCCCGACUGACUCGCCCAUGAACCCGAGCAACAAAUGCAGCUUCUGGAACUAAGGAGAGCAGAGCUAGUGCUACCUCACUUGUCACAAAACGGAAACUCAAAAAAGGGAUGAUUCUUAAAACCA